AGUCCUACUUGCCACUCCACUCGUAAAUGAUGGCCAUCCUCACUCCCCUCACCUCUCUGCUUCUCUUCCUUCCCCUUGCCGUCGCCACCUCCUCCUCCCUUGUCGGCGUCAACUAUGGCCUACUCGGCAAUAACCUCCUCUUCCCAGACAAGGUCGCUCCUCUUCUUCGCUCCAUCAACGUCGGCCGCAUCAAGCUCUAUGGCGCCGAACCCUCCAUCCUCCAAGCCUUCUCAAACACCGGCAUCGAGCUCAUCAUCGGGCUCCCCGACCGCUGCGUUCCCACAAUCUGCGACCCCAACGAAGCCCUAACCUGGAUCCGGUCCAACAUCCAACAUUACGUCCCCGCCACCAAAAUCGUUGCCAUUACCGUUGGCAACGAGGUCCUCACCGGCAACAACACAUCCAUAUAUCAAUCCCUCCUCCCAGCCAUGGAAUCCCUCCACUCUGCUCUCGUUACCCUACGACUAGACCACCAGAUCUCCGUUACAACCCCACAUUCCGUCGCCAUCCUCGCCUCCUCUUACCCCCCUUCCUCCGGCGCAUUUCGUCCCGAUCUAGUCCCUCUUCUCUGCCCCAUCUUCGACUUCCUUUCCCGAACCAAUUCCCCUCUCCUCAUCAACGCGUACCCUUAUUUCGCCUACAAGUCCGAUCCGGGUAACAUCUCGCUCGAUUACGUUCUAUUCGAGCCGAACCCCGGUGUGGUCGAUACCAAAUCGGGGUUGAAGUAUGGGAACAUGCUGCAUGCCCAGGUCGAUGCUGUGUACGCCGCUAUCGCCGCGGCAAAAGGGCCGAAGGGACUUGAAGUAAGGAUUUCGGAGACGGGGUGGCCGUCGGGGGGCGAUGCGGAUGAGCCUGGGGCUACGCCGGAGAAUGCGGCGAAGUAUAACGGCAAUUUGAUGAAAUUGGUGGGGGAGGAGAAGGGAACGCCGAUGAAACCUGGGACGCCCCUCAGGGUUUAUGUUUUUGCUCUUUUUAACGAGAACUUGAAGCCUGGGCCGGCGUCGGAGAGGAACUAUGGGUUAUUUAAGCCUGAUGGAACACCCGCUUAUCCUCUCGGGAUUAAAUCUCCUCCGGAUAACUCAACUGACUCGCCCUCUGGCGGCGGCCAUGGAGGAGGUGGUGGCGGCGGCGGCAGAGGAGGAGGAGCACCAGGUGGUGGCGGGAAUGGUGACGCUUCGUCGGGGUAUUAUGAUAUAUCGUCGGCGAUUGGGAGAUGGAGGUGGCUCCGGCGGUCGACGGCGGCGGCGGCGAGCGUGACGGUGGCGAUGCUCUCCUUGUACUAAUCCGAAUCCUCACCGACGGCAGGGCUCAGUGGUGAAGGCGAGUGGAUUGUAAUUUUAUUAUAUUUAUUUUAUUUUUGUAGCAGUGUUAGAUACGAUUAUUUCGUGUCAGGCAAAAUAAUGAGCAGUAAUUAAGUAGUAAUUAAUAGAGUAAUUGCCCUGUUUUUACUCGUUCGAAUUAAUGCGUACAUUUGGUUGGUUGGA